AUGCCCCUACUCGGACUCGGUGGCAGAGAACUUGAACUGCACGACCGCUUGUAUUGCUCGCUGAAGCACGGUUACAGACUCGGACACCUCAACUCCGCGCGAUUCUAUGCCAAUGAAGCUGAGGUCGGCAAUGCUGUCCGAGAGAGUGGUUUUCUCCGUGAAGAGAUCUUCAUCACGAUAAAGGUCAUGUCCGAUGAACAUGGCUAUGCCAACAUGCUGAAGGCAGUCGACAACUCACUCAAGUGGUUCAGCUCUGGUGCACAUCCAAUUCUCUAUGCAUAG